CUAAUGGCAACGACAAAGCUGACUGGAGGUCACACUUCAUCCGUGUUGUGUGUGGGCACUCAGAGACAGUCAGGCCAGAUAGUGUCAGGGGCUGAGGACGGCGACCUGUGUUUGUGGUCUCGUGAGGGGCAGGUGGUCACCAAAGUCACUCGUCCCGACUCGGAGUGCACGUCUGCUAUCUUCUCCAAAGACAACCCUAACAUUGUGUACGCUGCCUUUGGACAGGAAGUUUUGCUGCUUGAUAUCACAAGAGCUCAGGAGCCCAUCUUUGUCUUCCAGUCAAAUCAGGAGGAGGUGAAUCAGUUAGCUCUGGACUCGAAAGAGCAGUUCUUAGCUGCAUGUGAUGACAGUGGUGAGAUCAAAGUAUACGGUCUGCAAGACCGCAAAGUUUUCAAAACGCUCCGUCAUAAGCAUACCAACAUCUGCUCUGCUGUCAGUUUCCGACCAGGGAAGCAAUGGGAAAUUGUCUCAGGGGGUCUCGACUGCCGUUUAGUACACUGGGACUUCUCCAAACCGAAGUGUCUGAAUCAGUUCAACAUGCAAGAAUUGUAUGCUACACCCGGUGACUCCCCUCAUAUGAUUAAUCCUCCCUUUGUGCACCAUAUUGCGAGCUCCCCUAGUGGCAGUACUUUUGCCUGUGCUCUGGAGAAUGGACAACUGCCUCUUUUGAAUGCUUCUCAUAAAAACCUUCAGCCUAAGCAUGCCCUAUUUGCCCACACUCAAGGGGUGUCUCAGGUCCAGUUUCUCAACGAAGACAACAUUGUCUCAGCUGGCAAUGAUUCUUGCAUCGUCCACUGGGACUUGUCUAAGGCAGCUCUUUAUCAGCCUGAUGCUGUGGUCACAAAUGGAGAUAGCCACGGCGCUACUGCUAACCCUGAAGAAGAAAAGAACUUGGCCAUCACUGAACUUUGCAAAGUUCGCUCUUUUUCACAUCCGUGCAAGGUCAAUUGGAUGGCCCUGAGUGUGACAGAGGCUGAGCAGAAAUUGUUUGUGGCUGAUCAGACCCCUGACAUCUCUGUCUUAACUUUAUAGUGAUUAUAGGUUAAAAGCAUAUUUCCUAUUUUUAGAAGUUCAGUAUGGCAUAACCUUGUGUAAUGAAAGCUAUUGACACUGAUAUUGCACACCCUUAUCUUUUUUCCCCAUCACUCCUUCAUCUCAAUGCAUAAAUAUUGAAAGCAGGGAAUGACUUAUGAACGGAUAUAAAAGGAAAAGAAAAAAUAUGGCAGUGGCUCAAGGGUUUUUAAGAAGAGAGAUUACAAACAUAUGUUAUAAUAAGGGGGAUUGGUUACUGCUAUCUCCUUUUUGUGACUGGUCUACUUAUUUUUUAUGAGCUGGCCAUAUAUCACUUCAACGUGAAUUAUUGUCUGAGAAACUUUUAUUCAUGUAAGGUGUGGUUUUUUUUAAAUGUUGUGUUUGGCCCAAACAUUGACACAUGAUGUAUCCUUUGGUUCUCUCUCCAAAAUCCUGUACUUUUAUCCUGAACUUGUCACUCUGAACGAGGUAUUAACUUCUUCAAUGUCGAAUUUUGUUCCCUUUUCCCUGUGAUCAUGCUUUAGACAUAUUAAUUAUGUAUUCAGCUGCUUCUGGAAGCAUUUAAUUUUUUAUUUUUUUUUCUUCUCUUCUAUUUAAUGCUACCUAGAGCUUUUUAUUUUAGCUUAACAGAUUUGUUUUUUUUUACUUGAAGUAUGAAGUUGUUGCCAGUGUCAUUUGAGUCCUGUUUUGAUCUGUCAAAAUGGUCAUGCCCCAAGAAACUGACUGUAGUUUUUGUGUAGCAUCUGUGAAUUGUAGAUCUAUGGCCUCUCAGGAGUUUGUCUGAUUGUUUGGAGAUGUUGAUACCAGUACUAAUGUUUUGCCUGCAGUGAUAGCAGUGUUGUAUGUUUAUGUUCCCUGUUCCAUCUCUUGCUUGUCUUUUGGAAAAUGAGUGAUCAUGUGAUCAUACUUACUUUUUGUUUCUCAUUCACUUUUUUUGUUGGGGGGGGGGGGGGGGGGGAGCGAAGAGAGGGGAAAGCAUUUUCAUUAUAUUUCUCGUAAAACUUAUGUAAACAUCAUCCCAGAAUGACCAGCAUCUGUGGUUCAGUGGUUAGGCCUUUCGCAUGCAGAAGAUCAUCUAAGUUUGAUUUCCAUGCAUGGAAAUGUUUGUCGAGUAUCUUAGUCUUUCUACUGGAAAGGUGUGUCCCUCUCCGCCUGGAGUGGCGUUGACUGGCAGGGUCAAAGCCCUCCUCUUAAAUUUUCUAAAUUGUGUCGAAGGGGGCAUAGAAAUUGAGGAAAUGAAACUUCAUUGACCCUUCGAAGCGUGUUAUCAGGGAUGCCAAAUGUCCGGGUUUUUUUCAUCUGUUGGAAUAAGGGAGAGGUGAGAGGGAAUAUGUUUUUGUUUGCUCAUUUAAAAGCUUUACAAGGUUCGGUUUAGAUGAGAUGUGAUGCUCUGCUCAUUUUCAGGGUUUUUUUUUGAAAAUCAUUUGGCACCCCUGUGUACUAUGUAUGUGACGUGCAAUUGUUUUAGGUUUUUUUCAAUAGAAGAAGUCUAUCAGCAAGGAAGCUUGUUGUGUUUAUCUACUUAUCAUUUCUUAUAAAGCCAUCUGCUAUACUUUGGUAUUCGAAAAUCAUGAUCCCUUGAGCUAUUCAUGGUGUGACUAUUGAAUAUUUUGGUAGUAAGGAAUACUUCUUUUAGGCAUGAUAGAACUUGUGGGUGCCACUUAUCACUUUGUCUCUUAAUCAUCAAAUAUAAAGUAUUUCUGUAUUUAUCUCAGUGACUCUUGAAUAAUAUGUGAGGCAUUGUGGAGAUAUCAGGCACUCGUCAAAAUAUUGAAAUUGAAAAACCAGUUUUUUCCACUAGUUUGGAAAUUUUUAUUGCGAUAAUUUUUGGCUCAGCUCUUUUCUGUCCAUUUAAAGACACAUUUUUAUGUAGAUUCUACUGAAAAAUGUUGGUUAAAGGCACAAAAAUGUAAAUUUGCAUUUUCCAAGGGCACUUAAGCUUUUGGAAGUCACCUUUUUUUGGUUGGUAAUUUUCUUACUAAUUUUGUCUUUGACACCAGGCUACCCCCAACCUCUUCAAUCACAAAUACGUGUAUCUCAACUUCUAUUCAAGAUAGAUGGGUUGGUUUUUUUCAUUGAAAACAGGGCAAUUAAAUAAGCUUUCAGAUGAAACCAAUAACUCCACAUACCCAAAGAUUGACAAGUGCCUGAUUCCACCACUUCGUGACGCAUCAAGAAUUGAUGAGCACCUGAUUCCACAGCGUUGUGACCCAUACCCUAUUUUACGAUGGGUUGAGAAAAAUUAAAAUGAGAUGUUAAUCAGUUAUCUUGAAAAAAUCACUGUAUUCGAAUGGCUCUGUCAGGUGGAGUGGAACAAGCACAUCUCAAGUAAAAACCCUUGCAUAAAUCAUAAAGAAAAAUACUCUGAGGUGGUUCCAGGGUUGACACUAUUGUUGGCGACUUCUAAUUAAAAAUAUUAAUUAUAUAUUGAAUUUGACCAUUGAUUGGAUUUAUAAUUCUUCAACCCCCAUCCCCUCCUCUCAUUUACAUCUGUUGAUGCCCUAAACAUUAGCUACACUAUUUAAUUAGUGAAAAUGAAAUGUUUUGAGAAUGUUUACUGUUUUGUUUUAAGUGUGAAGUGCAUAAAGAGUAUGCUGAGUUGUUUUUUACCUAUUUAUAUCCAAUGGAAGGAUAACGAAAUGAGCAUAUAUGAUUAUGAAGCUAAGAAAAAGUGGGCAUAUGUAACUCCAUAAUGUUAAUCAUAGAUUUGUUAUUUUAUUAUGUGCAUUUAAAAAAUUAAAUCUUUUGGUAUUCAUAACAGUCAAA